UACCCUUCUUCCCUCGACACCGCCGCCGAAGGUGGCUCACCGAGUUCCAACAGCCUGUCAAUAUUGAUGCACUCAUCAUGGAAUCUGGAGAUGGCAGCCCGGAAGACUUCCUGGACGUUCUAAAUCAACGCCUCUCGGACGUUUCUUGGGCGAGCAAUCAGGGUCUCGAAGCUAUCCCGAAGAGAUUGGAGGAAUUCGAGAAGCAAGGUCUUACCGGUAUCUGCCAUCAUGCUCUGGAGUCUUUGGGGACGAAAGCAGGAAAAAAUGAUAUCUGGCGGGACGCCUACCGCACGACGGGUAUCCUAGAGUACUCUCUUCAAAAAGUUAAAUCCGGAACCACAGCCAGCCUAGCGAAGCAGCAUUUGCGAGUUAUUGGCAACUCUGUUGCUGACAAUGACACGAAUCGUUCAGUCGCUCUCGAAGCUUUGGAGAGUCUCAUCAACUGCAUUUGGGUAGAAGAGCUGACUAUAACGGCCCUCGGCGCCAUAUUCAACCUCUGCUACGACUAUCCUCCUGGAGAAAAUCGAGCGGCUAAGUUGAGGCUUGACAAUAUCGUCGCCAACCACAUUGCCUGCAACAGGAUUCCUGAAAGCGGCAUCGACACUGCAGGGGAGCUCAUCGCCUUGACUUCGGAGUCACUGUCGGCUCCCGAGCUUGUUGACGACACCUCGUUAUCCACACUCAGUCAGCUUUUAGAUGCGAUCUUGCCUCCCACAGCUUCUGUUGAAACUCAUCCAGCUAGGUUACCCAUCGAUCAAAUCCUUGAACUCUGUGCUCCCUACUUGUCGAACAACGACUUGUUGUUAAAAUUGCCACCAUCGGAAGCAGAAAGGUUGCUCAAUAUCCUUUGGGAAACCGAACCAUUUGACCCAGCAGCCCAACGGGCCCUGUAUCAGGCGCUUAACCACCCGCUCGACAAGCAGGAUGAAGAGUCCUCCUUCAGAAGUACCCGGCUUCUAAUCAAUGGUAUCUGCGCGAUAUCUGCAACGGAGGCUUUCAGCAGAACAUAUGACUUGCAAAGCGCAUUCAUGAAGAAAGUCACGUCUAAGGUGCUCUCACUAUCCUUAGAAAAGGACUUAAGCUUACUAGCUCCAUCGACUAUCUGCGCGUGUACAAUUCUGGGCAACCUAGCCAUCUCAGACGCCGUCUGCAUUGAAAUGGUCAAUAUGGACUUGCAUCGGCCACCGAUCAGGAUCCUAUCAACAAGCCAGGAAUCUGCACUUCUCCACGUGACCGCAGGUCUCUUACGACAUCUUACUUUCCCUAGACACAAUCGCGAGCGCCUUGGAAAUGCAGGACUCAUCAAUUCUUCCUGCCGCCUGCUCCUCAAUCCCUCGCCCGCUGUCCGCGGCGAAGGAGCUGCUAUACUCUGUAAAAUGGUCGACGAUGAUGCUAGACACACCCAGCAGUACAUUAUAGAGAUCGUUCAGGACGCGGUCCUAACUACGCCGACCGAUCCGCCGCAUCAACCAACAAUACUGGAGUUCAUGACCAAUCAGUCGCUGGCACCGUCUGGUCCAUUGCCGAGCACGAGCAUGAAAUCCGUCAACGUGGAGGUCGGAAAGGCUAUAGUCGCGAUGCUGAAGUGUCUCAUCAACACACAGACGCUGGAUUUGGGGCUUCUUCACCGCAUGUACCAGACGCCUCUCCUAGCCGAGCCUCUCAAACGGCUUGCACGGCAACAGAUCUUCGCGGAAGCCAGGUCGGAGGCUAUAUUUGGGCUUGGGCUAAUGCUAUUGUCUGCGGAAGGGGCAGCUUCUUUCUUAGCCGGCGAGCAUGACAAUGUGGCCUUGGUGGAUUCCCUGAGGAGUCUAUUUGCAGCUGAAAGUGGAGGAAAUGAAACGGCUGGGGUGCAAUUGCAGCGUGACCGGAAGAACGUUCUGGUUGUCAUCAGCGGGCUUUGGAAGCACGGAGCUGAUAUUAUGGAUACGCCGUUGAAGAAGAGGGUUGAGGCUCUGCAUUCGGAACUGGCGCCCUUCAUGGCAUCGAAUGAGCAGUCAGUGGCUGAAUGAGGCAGACUUGCAUUACUGGAUUCUGGACCAUUAUUUCUCAUGACAGUGUCUGUGGUGCUUCAAACGUCUACCCAAGUUCUGAACAGGUUAUAGAAUAAGAGCCUCGGCAUGUUCAAGUGUAAUGUGGAUAUCUGAUUUAAUUGAGAUUGUCUGAUGCUCGGCGACGUGCUCUUGAAAACUGGACAUGAUGUUGGCUCGACGGAGAUGGAAAUCUGACCAGGACAUAAGUUGUCAGGAAACCUUUAGACGGCAAACCAAGUCAAGCAUAGAGUAACAAAUACUAG